AUGCAUCUAAAGAACAUCUUCAAUUCUGGGGUUCUAAUAGUUCCUCUCCUCUUUUUACAUGCUUUGCCACAUAAGUUUCUGGUAUUUGUACCUAAGAUAAACAAUAUCAAAGGCUGUGCAAAUCCGCCGAUAUCCGAAAGACCAGAGACUCUUCAGUUAUAUCGCCUCGCCCCAACUCUCCAUUGUCUAAUCACGAUCUCAGACACCUCUCAUAAGAUGAAAAAUGCCAAGACAAAUCAGCAACAUGCAACCGAAAAGUAUCAUUGGAAAAACCGCAAAGCCUUAUAUCCAACUAUCAACACUCUUGUCGAUUGCGAUCCCCCAACAGGAUUUGAUGCCGACCAUCUGAGACCUAAGACAGCCAGUAGGAGGGGAGCAGAACGUUGA